AUGGCGCUGUUUGCUGUGAACGGACCGGCGGCGCGUACCGACGACCGCGAGGACCAGCGCGCGCAGGACGAAGCGGUCAUGGCCAAGUACUUUGGCGUACCGCUGCCCGGGUGCGUGCGGCGCAAGGCGCAGGACGAAGAACUGGACAGUGCGAGUCUGCGCACGCCCACGAGCGUACAGUCGUACGGCUCGGGCGGGUGUUUCUUCCCCCCGUCCACGUCGCCCGUCAAGAAGGACAGCAGGAGCUGCACGCCGACGCUGCCCGGGGACUCGCCCACGCACACGGACGGCUCGAAUGAGACCGAGUGCUCGGGGGAACGUGCCAAGUUGCGCGUGAGUCGCGAGCGCAAUCGCCUGCACGCGCAACGCACGCGGAUUCGCAAGCGCGAGCUGCUCGAGCGCCUCAAGGAGCAGAUGGACGCGCUCCAGGACGAGUUUGAGCUGUUGACGCACGUCUACGACUUUCACGCGACGGCUGUGUGUCUCUUGAGCCUUGGAAUGGGUCACGACGUCCCGUGUGUGCAGCAGCUCGAGCAGAUGGACGUCAAGGGGACGAGGGACUGCAAAGAGGACAGACUGAUGGACGAGAGCGACGGCGACGAUGGGAUGCACGAGCACGAGAAGGGAUGUGGACUUGGGGAAGGCGAUGAGGGCUGCACGUGUCUGGGUAGCGUGCAGCUUAAUGCGAACGGGCGGAGACUGCACUUGUCGACAGGCACUUGUACCAGUGCUGCUGCUAGCACUGCUGCUGCUAGUUUCGUGCCUGUCGGUUCCAAGGAGGAGCGGGAACGUGUGCGUCGCGAACGGAACCGCUUGCACGCGCGGAGAGCUCGACUGCGCAAGAAGCGGGUGCUGGAGAAGAGUCAACAGACUGUCUACGAUCUGCAAGAGCGCAAUGGCCGUCUCCGCAGUCGUCUGAGCGUGCUGGUGUCGUCGAUCUAUGGCUCGGAGGUGUGUCUCGACGACCCUGACGCCACGUCUUGA